AUGCAGCAACGCAUCUCACAGCAUGAUGCAUUGCUCACAGGAGACGGCCCGUCUGUGCUGUCAACAGCGGCACCGGUGGCUCGCCCUGAAGACUGGGAGGUGCAGCUUCCCCAAGGUUCGGCUUCCUCACAGCCGGUGUCUCGCGAGGAGUGUGCUGCAAUGAUCACGGAGGCGUUGCAGCAGAAGGUCGGCCCCGCCCUGCAGGCAGCGUUCUCACAGGUCGGUGCCGAGCUGGUGAACCACUCGACGAAGAUCAACACGCUCGAGCAUGAGGUCCGGAUGCUGAAGAUCCGCGCAGCAUGGACCGAGCAAGACCUCAUGUACUCACAGAUCGAGGAAGCCAAGAGAACGUUGGUGGUGAGGAAUUUCCCAGAGUGGGCAACGGCUGCCGACCGUGAGCUCACGGUGGCAGAGGCGCUCAAGGAAAAUGGCCUUGCCUACUUGGAGUGGGACCUGACCACCGCCACCAUGGAAGGCAAUGACGGCAAGAAGUUUUUGGCCCCGAUCUCCAUCCUCACAGUCCCGACCUACGACGAGGAGAAGCCAAAAGAAGCAUCCGAGGGCGAAGCCGAACAGACGGCUGCCACGCCAGGGUCAGCCAGCACGGACCCUCCCACAGCCACAGCUAUCGCCGCCGACGACGAGAAGAUGGGUGAGGACUCACAGACCUCACAGAAGGCCCCACCUAAGAAGUGGGAGAUGCGGACGUGGAACUGGAACCUCCCGAUCAAGACGGUGCCGGGCAUCACCCAGUUCGAAAGAAGGUUGGGAGCUCCAACCCAUGGCCUGACGAAUGCCUACCAGAAGCUGCUUGCUCGCUUCAAGAAGGAGACCCUCACACCUCGCUGGAAGACCCUUAUCCUGGAGGAUAAGGUAGGCGCAUGGUUGGGUCGUAUCCUUUACAGCCGCAAAGCUCACAGCCUCACAGGCACGACGGGCACGGUCGCCGAUUGGGCCUGUGAAGUCCAGCUCCCGGCCGAGCACAAGGACCGCAUCCUCACAGCCUGGAGGGAUGUCUGGUAUGAUCAGCUCAAGCAGCAGAUCUGUUCGUUUGUAACGACACGGAAGGAAGAGCUACCAGAACUCUGGUACUCCCCUUACGGAAAGUACCUUUGGCUAAAAGUCUUCAUGGUUGUGGUUCUCAUGGGCAUGUCAUGGUUCAUGGUGUUUGAAGUGAACGAGACCUACGGCUACCCGUUGGCCACGAACCGCAUGCUGAACUACAAGAACAAGGUCCUCAGCCUCGACAACAAGAACCCCAAGAAGAAGCAUGUGAUAAACGAGAUUACCACAGCGGAUGUUAUCUACGUCACGAGCUACCUCAAGAAGACGAACGUGUACUCCGAGUUCUACAAGAACAAAAGUGCUCUCAACAAUGACAUCCUUGAGAAGAUCAACGCAGUCGAGAUGGAAGCCUUCACCGUUGCCUCGGUGAUCAACCCGCUGAUGGCCAUAGGCAAGCUGUUUCGAGAAGGUUACAGCAGCAACAACUACAAGAUGGUUCGCACAGUUGUUCAGCUCAACAAGCACAUUCAGGUAGCAGUGAACAAAGAAGAACCUGGUUGGCACAACACAGACAGCAUGGUGAUCGUGAAGUAUGCCACUCAAAGCAACUAUGAGAACCCAUCUCUCAUGUACAGCCCUACGCACUUUCCGUACAGAAGCACUUUGGUGAAAGAAGAAAGAGGAUGGAGAGCAGUUGAAGUUUCAAGAAAGUACUCCGAGAUGGCAGACCCUUUUGAAGAGUUUGCUGAAGGAGAAAAGGAAGUGGUUACAGCCAUUUCAGCAAAGCCAAUUCCACUUUGGAUUCUUGGCACUCCUUACGCUGCCGGAGACCGAGCAGACCAAGAAAGCCAUGGUCGUGACUACUGGAAGAUGGACCUCGAGAAAGGUGUUUCCAACUGUCCUGUCCUCCUUGGAGAUCUCGAGAACAGCAGGUAUACCCAAGGAGUUGUUGAAGAUCUGAAGGCAGAAGCUGCAGCAGAGGAGCUAAAGAAGAAGAAAGAAGAGCACUACAAAGAGAAGGAAGAUUCAGCAGCACCACCAGCAACAGAAGAGAGCAAAGAUGAGGAACCAAGCUCACCCAGCAAGUCACGAAAGCAGGUCAACAGAGCGGAGGAAACAGACGGUUACCUCAACAUGCCUCAUGAUGAUGAAGUUUACGAAGCAGAUGAUGAGUUUUUGUACGAGUCGGAAGAAGAAGAGGAGACAGAGAGCGAACCAACAGAAGUUUCUACCAAGGUCCCUGUCGAGUUCUUCGAUGAGGAGAAAGGACCACCGAACGUGGAUCCGGCUUUUCUUCAGAAGUUGGAUGAUGAAGCUACAGUCAAGGAAAUCAAGAGGUUAACAAAAAUGGGAGUUAUUUCGUUGGUUUCUACGGACCCUCAGGAAGCAACUGAGAACGUACCUCUGGUAGACUCAGAACAAGAACUUCACAAGUGGUUGACAACGAAGUUGGUGAAAGAUUGGAGGUUCAGAGAAGCUACAGGUUUUGAAGUUGACGAAGCCACAGCAGGAACAACAAAGCCCAAGCAGAUUCAGAGGUGCUGGCAGCGACGAAUUACAAAACUGGUGCCCAUGCUGGCUCUCGCCAACAAUUGGGCGAUCUACAGUGUCGACGUGAAAGACGCGUUUUUGCAAGUCAACGCGAUGCAUCCAGUCUUUGGUCAGACUGUUGUGAUGGACUUUUGGUGGAAGAGAAGUUUGAGCGUUGUACAGCAGUUGCAGCACUUUACCGUCUUCUACGACAAGGAAGUCAUCGAACCAAUCCUCAAGAACCUCAAGAAGAAAGUGAACCUACAAGUUGAAGGACCUCUCCUGAACGAGGAAGACUACGAGAAAGGAUUUUCUGAAGAGACCGUGAAGUUUCUCAAAAGGAAGUACACGUACGAACAUCAUGAACUACGAGUACAUAGCGAUAGCAAGUACGUGAAGAAACUCGUGGAGAUCCUCAAGCUGGAGAAGAAGAGGGCCAAGAACUCACCUUGCACAACGGCCAGUCAGGAACCUGCCGUAUCCCAAGAACUGGACGAGGAACACUCGAGAACGUACAGAAGUUGUGUUGGCAUUUUGCUGUACUUGGCGCACGACCGUCCGGACAUCCAGUUCGCAGUACGUAGCUUAAGUACUGCCAUGACGAAGCCAACGGAACGCAAAAGAAAGGAACUGGAGCACUUGGCGCUCUACCUCAAAGGAACGUCAGACUACGCUGUUACGUACCACAAGAACAGCACAGGAACGUCAGCUCUACGUCAUCGCGCCGAAGAACCACAGGUGAACUACGACGUCGACUCCCUCAGCGAGGCAAAGAAAGAAGCGUCUGAGAGAGCAGAGAAGUUGAAGAAAGUUGAGGAAAGUUUGGAUAAGGAAAAAGAGGAGUUUGAGGAUCAGAAGAAAAAGUUUGAAGAGGAAAAGAAAGAAUCUAGCGAAGAAAAGACAAAGUUUGAGGAGACAGUGAAGAGGUUUUUGGCAAAGCAGAAGGAGGUGAAGGAAAAGGAAGACAAAGUCACAGAGAGAGAAGAGAAGGUAGAGAAAGACCUAGAGACCCUCCAAGGACAAGCCAAAGCCUUAAGCGAGAAGGAGACAGCCCUUGAAGAAGCUGAGGAGAAGGUCAAAGAAAGAGAAGCAGAGGUUGAGAAGAAGAACAAAGAAGCAGAGAAGAGAGAGAGAAAAGCCCAGGAAAGAACCGCCGGCUACGACCAGGAGAGAGAAGAGUACGCCAAGAAGUACGUGGACGACGCAAAGAAGGACUUGGAGAGAGAGCUUAAAGUGCUAAAGCAAGAAGAGAAAGUAAGGAACCAAAAGCUCGACGACCUCCAGUACGACUACAAGAGCCUCAAGGACGACUACCAGUACUUCAAAGGUUACUCGAAGGAAGUGGACGCACUUCUACUUGCAGCUAAGGACAAGAUCGUGAAGUACAAGAAGAAGGUCAAAAGCCUCAAGGAAACCAUAGGUGCAGCAUUGUCUGGAAGCGAAGGUGAAGAAGAGACAGAAGAAGCGUACAAGACCAAAGCAGAAGAAGAGAAAGAGAAGAAAGAGGCACAGGCAAAAGAAGACGAGAAGAAGAAAGGAAAAAGGCCAAAGCAGGUAGAGACAGAAGACCAAGAAGAGAAGCCGUCAAGCAACCAAGGAGACGACGCUACCGUCGACCCCGACAUAGCUGAGUUCACGCAGCUUGGCUACGUGUGGGAGUUCAACAAGAAGACCCAGGAGUACCGCGUGAAGUGCGAGGACAAGAAAGGAAGCCCGAGAAUCAAGAACGCUCCGGUGAAAGGCCGCCUUCUUUGGAACAAAGUUACGGAGUGCUACAGAAAGCACAACGUGUGGUUCGUGGACGGAAAGGAGCUCGACAAGUACCUCGAAGGCAAGGAGAACGAGAAGAUCGAGGAAGAGGUGCAGCGACGCAUCAGCAUGAAGGGCAAGAACGACAACACAGGAACCAAAGGAAAAGGCCCUCCCUGGGACGACGGACAGAACGACAGUUGGUGGUACGGCGAGCAGUGGAACAACGAGAACUGGAACACCACCGACGAUGGCAGUGGCUGGUACGAGAACGCGAACCCGCACAACAAAGGCUACUGGCAGACGCCAGAAGAGUGGGCGCAGCAGAACCAGUGGGACCAGUGGACACCCAAAGGAAAGAGCAAAGGCAAGAAGUCCAAGAACUGGGCGCAGACCCAGUGA